GACGUUGCCUCGUCGGUAUUUAUAGGGACUCGAAUGUAAAAUACGAAAGAGCCCAAUCAAGUACCUCGAUUCAUUCUGUAUGUACUAUCAAAUGUGGAGGUUUUCUCGUACAGUGGCGCGUUGUACUGGAUUAAAACUGAAAAUGCAGUUGUAUUUGAACCUGAGAUGCCCCGAAAAGAAGAAGAACUGGCGUCGUAACGUUGAUAUUCCAUAAACGUCCACAACAAUGAAGGUACCAGGCGACGAUGAGCCGCAGGAGGUUUGGCGAAUGUAUAAGAAUGUGAUUGUAACCGGCGUCGCCUUCAUGGUGCAUUUCACGGCGUUCCAAAGUGCAGCGGACCUCCAAAGUUCAAUAAAUGCGGAAGCGGGCUUAGGCACCUUGUCACUCGCAGGAAUGUACGUGGGACUUAUUGUGUCCAGCAUACUGUUACCAGCUGCUAUGAUGAAAUGGUUCGGCACAAAAUGGGCGAUGUGCAUCUGUUUCAUUUCGUACAUGCCAUAUAUGGCUGCUCAACUAUGGCCGAGUUUUUACUCAAUGGUUCCAACUGGAUUCAUUUUGGGCUUGGGAGGUGGAAUCCUGUGGUGCGCGAUCUGUGUUUAUGUUGCUGCGAUAGCAGAAGCGUACAGCAAGAUUCACAAGAUCUCACUAGAAGUAAUAUUUCCUCGUUUUUUGUGCAUAUUUUUCGUCUUCUACAAUUUGAGCGAGGUGUCGGGAAACCUGGUGUCUUCUUUAGUGUUGUCAUCGGACGACAACGAAGCAGCCGUGACGAGCCUCAACGCAUCCCAGAUCCCGGAGUUGUGCGGCGCCAACUUCCUCCCAAGUGCUGAUGCUCACAAAGCCCUGCUGCAUCAGCCACCAGAGAAGAUACAGAUGCUUGUAGGUAUUUAUAUCGCGUGUAUGAUUGGAGCAGUCAUUGUUUUGGCUGUCGGAGUAGACCCUAUGGACAGAUAUAAAACAAAAGAGUCUAAAACCACGACUACGUCAGGACUAGCCCUUCUGACGGUGACUGUGAAACUCCUUGCUGAGCCGAACCAACUCCUGCUGAUCGCCAUGAGCAUGUUCGUUGGCAUGCAGAACGUCUUCUUCUCAGCGAGUAUAUCUGCGGCAUUUGUAUCGUGUAGUAUCGGUACAGGGACCGUGGGUUACGUGAUGAUGGCUCAUGGGAUUGCUGAUGUGUUUGGUAGUGCAUCUACAGCGUAUCUAGUCAAGAUAGUGAAACGAGUGGUGCUAAUAUCAACCGCGGCGGCUAUUUACUUAAUUCUAUUCAUAUUUCUGCUAGUAUGGCGACCGCAAGCCAAUUCAGAUUAUGUUCUGUACAUUGUAUCUACAUUGUGGGGGUAUAGCAACUCUACUUUCCUCAUACAGGUCAAUGCGUACCACGGAAUCCUGUUCCCAGACAAGAAAGAAGCAGCUUUCGCCAACUUUAGACUGUGGAAAGCAAUAGGCUACGUCAUCGCCUACGUCACUUCUCACUACAUGAGGGUUAGUCAUAAAAUAUACAUGUUACUCGCACUAUACAUAGUCGGGUUGUUAGGUUACUAUGUAACAGAGUAUAGAGAAAGUGUCCGGAAAAGUUUGGAGAAAAGAAAAGAGAGUCUAAACGGUUGUGUUAAUAUAGGGUUCAAAUAAAUCGAACUGAAUUCAAAGUUGUAAACGUUCAUUUGUUAUUGUUAAGUUUAUUACAAUUAACUUAUACGAUGUCAGUGCACUUUAUGAAGAAGAAGAAGAAAGGCAACGGUUUUAGACCAAGCUAAAUCAAAGAUGUAAAUAAAAAUUAAAAUGAAA